UCCUCCUGCAGGAAGUCCCCAAAGGACUCUGCCGGCAGAGACAGGCAGUCACAACACACCACUAUCCUGGUCUGCAAGUCCAGGAGCAGCCAGGCUGCCCUGAUGCCCAAGGAGCACACGAUGUUCAUGGAGGAGGCCUACAAUGCAGCCAUCUGCUUCAAGAUGCUCCGGGACAUCAAUAGCUCAGACCCCCUGCACCUGAAGUACAUCAUCAAGAAGAUCAAGGACAUGGCUCAGGGGUCCCCCUACCUGGUGAUGGAGACCAUCCACGACUACUUCGCAGACAACCCAAAGAUCUCCAACCGGCACAAGUUCCGGCUGUUCCAGGUCCUGAAGAAUGUCAUUGGCGCCAGUGACGUCAUGGAGGACAUCUGGAAGAGGCGCUUCAUGCAGCUGGCCCUGGAGAACAUGACCAAGUCCACGGAGCUUGAAGACAUGUACCAGAACGCGGCCAGCGACGUGCUGGUGGCCCUCUGCAGGCACUCGUGGCCGGAGGUGGCCCAGCACCUGGAGACGGAGUUCCUGACAGGUGUCUUCCCGCAUCGCAGCAUCCUCUAUGUGAUGGGCACCCUGUCCUCCCAUGAGGAGCUUCUGAACCGGGAAGACAGGGCGCGCUGGGAGAACCUGCUGGCCCAGGUGGCUGCCAAGUCCGUCCCGUUCCUGAACACAGACAUGUGGUCCAGGGAGCUGCUAUCGGCCCUCACCACGCCCAGCCGUACCCAGCAGGAAGAGUUACCAGAGAAGACCUUCCUGUUCACCUUCUACGGGAUGGUCCUCCAGGCAGAGGAGGAGAGCACCACGGUCAGGGCACACCUGCGGUCCCUCCUGGAAACCUCCCACCAGUGGUCCAAGCAGAGGGAGGGCAUUGCACUUACAGUGGGGCUGGCCGCCAGCCGCCACCUGAAUGACGUCUGGGCCAUCCUGGACCAGUUCGGGCGGAGUGGGCCCAUCAAGUGGAGCCUGCACAGCUUCUCCCUGAAGGGCCCGACCUCGGAGGACCUGCGCUGGAAGUGGGCCAGCAGCACCAUCCUCCUCGCCUAUGGCCAGGUGGCGGCCAGUGCCAAGGCCCACAUUCUCCCGUGGGUGGACAACAUCUUGUCCAGGAUGAUAUUCUACUUCCGCUACAGCUCCUGGGACGAGACCCUGAAGCAGAGCUUCCUCACUGCCAACCUGAUGCUGAUGGGGGCCAUCAGCCGGAAUGAGGGUGCCCACAGCUACGAGUUCUCGCAGAUCUCCGAGCUGCUCGAGUGUCUGAUGGUCUUGAUGGAGAAGGAGCCCCAGGACGCGCUGUGCACGGAGAGCAGGCCGCAGGCCCUCCACAUCAUCAGCAGCCUCUGCAAGCUGAGGCCACCCAUGGACACGAACAGGAAAUCACGGCUCCUCUCCACCUGCCUCCGCAGUGUGUUCGCUCUGCCGCUUCUGGACGCCCUGGAGAAGCACACCUGCCUCUUUCUGGAGCCACCCAACAUCCAGACCCUGUACAGCCAGACCACAGAGGCGCUGGACUGCAUGCUGCAGAGCUUCAUCACCCAGAGCCCCACGGCCGAAGAGCUGCACUUUCUACUGUCGCACCUGUACGUCUGGCUGGCAUCGGAGAAGGCGCAUGAGCGGCAGCGGGCUGUGCACAGUUGCGUGACUCUCCUCAAAUUCCUGAACCACAAACGCUGCCUAGAUCCAAAGGAGAGCCUCAAACACAUCGGGCAGCUAGUGGGCAUGCUGGGGAUUCUGUGCCAGGACCCGGAUAGGGCCAUCCAGCGCUCCAGCCUGGAAGGGGUGGGCCAUCUCUACCAGCUCCUGAUGCGCCAAAAAGCAGGAGAAACUUUUCAGGUGGAGUCACUGACCUCCAAGGAGUUCUCCCAGCCUGGUGCAGAGGGAGCCCCCCUCUGGAGCAGUGAACAGAAAGCCACUUCCCCGGACCCCCAGGAGGUGGCAUCCCCAACGGACAGCAUCUUCCACCUGGAAAGCUCCCAAGCCCUCAAGGAGAUCAUGAGGCAUCUUUUGAUGGCAGAGGUGACGGACCUCAUCUGGACGGCCAUCAGUGGCCUGGGCUCCUCCAGUCCCUUCCGCGUGCAGGCGGCCGCUGAGCUGCUGCUGGCUGUCAUCCACCAGCACGAGGCCAAGCUGGAGACCGUUGCUAACAUGGGCUGGGGCAUCCACCUGCGCCUCUGCUCUGUCCGCAUCCCCCAAGCCAAAGACAAUGCCCUGUCCGCCAUCACCCUGCUGGCCAGGAACCACACCCCCGAGCUGGUGGCUGCCUUCCUGGACUUCUCCAUGCCCUUGGACAGCCAUGCCUUCCGCCUGUGGAGGGCCCUGGGAGCUGAGCAGCCCGUGAGCCGCCUGGUGCUGGCCAUGCUGCUGGCCUGGCUGCAGGAGCGGCCCCUGCCCACCAGAGCAAGCAACAGCAACCCCAGCCCCAAGGAGAAGAAUUACCUGCGCUCGCUGGCCGCCAUGAACACACUCCUGGAGCUGCAGUUCGCACGGGAGUUCAAGGAGGCGGUGCGGGAGGCCUACCCACAGCUGCUCCUGGCCCUCCUCACCCAGGUCCACUACACCCUGGAGCUGAACCUGGUCACUGAGCCCCAGCGCGGGCAGCAGGCCCAGGAGGCAGCCAUGCCCAGUCCCCAGAGCACGUCGCUGGAGGCCCUCAAGAGCCUCCUGUCCACCACGGGGCACUGGCAUGACUUUGCCCACCUUGAGCUGCAGGGCGCCUGGGAGCACUUCACCUCCAUCAGCACCUACGCACAGGGCGUGGGCCUCCUGGCCAGGGCUAUGGUGCAGAACCACUGCCGGCAGAUCAAGGCCGUGCUCAGCUGGCUGCUGCGCCGCAUGCAGAGCCAGGAGGAGCGGGAGAGGAAGGCGGCCGUCCUCGUGCUCACUGAGUUCCUCUACAGCCCUGUCCUGCUGGAAGUGCUUCCCAAGCAGUCUGCCCUGACCCUCCUGGCACAGGGCCUCCGGGAUGAGAGCCCCGACAUCCGCGUUUGGAGCUUGCAGGGCCUUGGGAACAUCCUCUUCCACCCGGAGAAGGAAAGGCUGCUCCAAGGGCAGCUGCCGCCCUUCCUCAACGGCUUCUUCCAGAACAGCGAGCCCGUGGUGGUGGACAUCAUGGGCACUGUGUCCGACGUGCUGCACCGUUUGGGCACGCACGGCGCAGGGGCCCAGAGCCUCAGCGUGGCCAUCAAUGCCCGCUCCUUCUUCGAUGACGAGCGGGACAGGAUUCGAGCAGCAGCCAUGGCACUGUUUGGGGAUUUGGUGGCAACCAUGGAGGGCAAGGAGCUAAGCGGCCUUCGAACCCAGGUGUACCAGAGCAUGGUACCUCUGCUGCUGCAGCUGAAGGACAAGUGCCCCAAGGUUGCCAUGCAGGCCAAGUUCGCCUUCUACCGCUGUGCUCUGCUGCUGGGGUGGCGGCCGCGCCACACCCUCUUCUGCACGCUGGCCUGGGAGCAAGGCCUCAGCGCCCGCCACUUCCACUGGACCUGCCUGAUGCGCGCCAGCUUCGAGGAGUUCAGCAUCCACCUGGCCCAGGCCCUCAGCUACCUGCACAGCCACCACCAGCACAUGAAGACCUGGGCCGCGCUCUUCAUAGGUUACACCAUCUGCUACCACCCCCAGGCCGUGUCCCGGAUGGUGAGCGAGGUGGACACCAACCUGCUGUUCUGCACUUUUGAAGACCUCAAAAAGGACCCAGAGCCUGGCGUCCGGGAAUUUGCCACCAGGCAGCUCUCCUUCCUUCGGGAGGUGUCAGAGGGACGCCAGCAGUGA